AGCUCCUACAUAGGUAGCUUUCAACUUAACUUAACCUCAACAACCUCACCCAAACCCAACACAUAAUCAAGACCACACCCCGCUUCCCUUCCUCGUCCCCCCCCACUCUCUCUUAUUAAAGUCGAGGAAGAUAGGAAGGAAGAAAAAAAGAUGUCCCUCCUCCGAUCUCGAAUCCUAAACUCGAAUCUACCGCGAGAACUCAUCGCAACAUGUACACUCACCCCCCCUCACCGGGAACCACACCAUCGACAAUUCAGCGUUCUCAAUCGACCGCCUCCGAAUUACGAAGGGCAUGUUCCACUUACCAAGACCGAACGGGUGGGAAUGGCCAUCGGAUCAGCGGUCCUGGCAUUUUUGAAUCCGCGUCGAGCUGGUAGGUACUUACGCCUCCCUCCAUACCUCCACUUGAAGCACCAUUCAUUCAAAAGAGAAAGAAAAACUAACAAAAAGAGACAAACAAAGACCUAAUAGCCACCCUAGGCGAAACAACCUCCCAACCCUACUUCAUCACCCGUCUCCGGGACACCAUGCUCCUCACCCCCUCGGGACGACGCAUCCUCCGUCUACGACCUCGAAUAACAUCCUCCACCCUCUCGUUGCCUCACCUCCGCUCCCUACCCAAGAACACAUUGGGCCACACCUACGCCCUCUGGCUCGACCGCGAGGGCGUCUCGCCCGACACGCGGGAUGCCGUGAAGUACAUCGACGACGAGGAGUGCGCGUACGUCAUGCAGCGGUACCGGGAAUGUCAUGAUUUCUACCACGCCAUUACGGGAUUGCCGGUCUGGAGGGAGGGAGAAGUCGCGUUGAAGGGGUUUGAGGCGGUGAAUUUGGGGUUGCCGAUGGCGGGGUUGAGUGUGGCGGCGGUGGCGACACUCAAGAAAGGGGAGAGGAGCAGGUUUUGGGGGGUUUAUGGACCGUGGGCGGUGGAGAAUGGGGUGGGUGCUAGGUGUUUGAUUGAUGUUUUUUGGGAGGAGUUAUUGGAGAGGGAUGUGGGGGAGGUGAGGAGGGAGUUGGGGAUUGAGAUGCCGGUUGAUUUGAGGGGGGUUAGGAAGGCAGAGAGGGAGAGGAGGAGGAAGGGGAGGGAAGAGGGAGAGAGGAGUGGUGAUGGGUUGGGUAUUAAUUAA